GUACUUGAAACUCCAAACAAAUACCCAAAAAAUUCAAAUACCUAAAAAUUCAAAAUCUUAUUCAGAAUCUGACACUGGAUUGAAAAUACCCAAAAUUUUAUCCAAAUACUCAAAAAAAAAAUUUAAUUUAAAAAUUUUACAUGAAAUCAAAAACUAUAAUCGUAAACCAAAAACCUAAAAAAAAAUAUUCAUAAUGCCGGAAACAUAUUCAAAAUAUCCAAAUAUACCAAAUAAACACAACAUAUUUAUGAUCGGGUUUAGGGUAGGAUCCAGACUCAAACAAAGACAUGCAGGUCCAAAAAAAACUCAAUAGGUUAUCUUCUCUGGACCUGAACUAAAGUUAUAUUUUCGUGUCAGUUCGGUUUGUUUUUUUGAUCCAGGUAUAAUUAUCAUGUCUAAAAAAAUUUACGUAAAAGUGAACAUAUAAAAUAUCAAAUAAACUAAUUCAUAGAUUAUAUAACUGUUAAAAUUUAUAUUUUCGAUAUAAUAAGACUUUGUAUUAUAAUAUAAUCCAAAAACCCGCGCUUGGAAAAUCUAGUGUAUAAUUAUAUUCUUGCGCAACUUAAGUUAUAAUGAUAUAAAUCAAUAACAAUCAGGCAUUAGUUGGAUUGAUUUAAUUCGAAAUUAAUGAUUUAUCGAAUGGGUGCAUGUGGGACUUCAAUGCAACAGCUCAAUUGUUAAAUUUUUACACAAAAAUAGUCUUCCUCAUUAAUACACUUAAACUUCAUUGUUCUAAUUUCUGUAUUUUCUUUCUCCUCCAAAGAAAAAACUCAGAACCAAAACAAUUUUGCCAGCUCUGCGUUUCCGUUGUGAUGAUAGACCUAAUUUCACAUAUAUUCUAGUUAACUUGUCUGGAUCUAUUCACUUAUUAAAAAAAAAAUCCAUUUCACAUGUUGUUACAAAGUACUAUAUUAAUCUGUUCAGUUUAAAGAAAGGAAAUGUGGUUCCCGCAGAUAUAAAAGCUCGUUCCACCAACCGAAUAAAAUAAUUGAAGAGAGAGACUCACUCCGCAUGCAGGUUUCUAUUUUCGAAUGUUCCAAGAUCCAUUAAAAAUGUAUCUGUUUAUAGCCCGUGUAUAAUAAUUUGUAAACGUCAUAGUUUUCCAAAAUCGUUCUUGUUUUGUCGUUGAAGUAGACACGCGCGGGCUGGUGUAUAUAUUCGCAUGGGUUUCUUUUUUCUAAUCACCUCAGAAAAAACUAAAACUCACCAAAAUGUUAAUUAUCAUAAAGAUCGUUGAUGCAACUAUGCAAGUAUAAUUUUUAUUUUUUGAGUGUGAGACUGGAAACCCAAAUAUUCUCAAGGGGAUUCAUGUAUCGACGACUAGUCCAAUUCCAGAUUUCUGAAAUAAAGCUUAAAACAUGGUUUUAUUCUGUUUGCCAAACAAAUCAAAUGACAAUUAAAUUUCUGGAAGGAUUUGAAUCUAAAACUGAUGGGUUUACGUUUUACUCCAAGUUCUAUUUUUUCCCAUCAAACUACCAUUGCUGAGUUGAUGCAGUAAAAUUUAUACGUAAGAAAAUUUAUAUGUACUUUCCAUCUUUUUCUUAUUCCGUAAAUGUGUUCUUGUCAUUAUGUUUUCUUUUAUUCUCUUUGUCAAAAUGUUUUUAUGCAUUGAAAAUUGAAAUACUACUACUAAUACUUUAUACUGGAAAACAACAUAUACCCAUAACUUUUUGCCCUAAAUGGCUCGAAACUGCCCAACCUAUGCGACAAAUCUUGAUUCUUAAUCCGGAAAGAAAAGAGAUACAGAGAAUGUGAGAGCUAGGCACAGACUACCACUGAUUUAUAAACCAGUGAGAGAGAGAAGCUGAAUCAUCUCAAUAAAUCAAAGUUCUUUUCUGAGAUUUUCGGCUCUUGGAAUCAAACAAACAAAAAAAGAUUCCUAACUACACUAAGAAAACAAGAAGAUCUUUCUCGUGUAAGAGUAGUUCUUAAUCUCCUUCAAGGUCUACACUAAGAGAGAGUUUCCUGUUUAGAUUACCAUGAAGAUCACGCUGAUUAUUCUACGGGUCGCCCAUCUUCUUACGCUCAUCGCAUUUGCUCAUUCAGACUACUACAUUGAGAGCUCAGAUGGCGGUCUUGUUAAAUGCGUCGACAGAAAGGAGCAACCAGCAUUUGAUAAUAGUUUAUUAAGAAAUCACAAGUUUCAGGAAUCCCCGUCAAAAAUUCCUACAACAACGACCAAAUCAAAUACAAACAGCAAAUGGCGAACGACAGAAGCGCAUGUUAGUAUUGCAAAAUGCCCCAGAGGGACCGUACCCAUGCGACAGGACGACGCUAGUGAAUAUCCUGGCAACAACACAUCUACACAGACUACACAUGAGUAUGCAGAGAAAUCUACGGAUGUCUCAUCAAAAUUAUAUGGAGCUAAAGCUACGAUAAACAUAUGGGAUCCAAAAGUAGAAAACAAAGAAAUUGAGCUAAGUAUCUCACAAAUCUGGAUCAGCUCAGGAGGAUAUGAGACGAACAAUCUUAACACAAUCGAAGUUGGGUGGCAGGUGUAUCCGCAGUUGUAUACCGACAACAAGCCAAGACUAUUUAUUUAUUGGACGAGUGACGCAUACCAAACAACAGGAUGCUAUAACCUCAGGUGUCCCGGUUUCGUACAAACGAGUAGAAGUGUUGUACUGGGAGGUGCCAUUAGUCCUGUUUCUAUCUUUGGAAGUAAACAAUAUGAGAUUACCGUCCACGUUUGGAAGGAUCAAAAACAGGGAAACUGGUGGUUGAGUUUAGGAGCAGAUAAUUUGAUAAUAGGAUAUUGGCCAUCGGAGCUUUUCACGAAUCUAGAUUACGCAAAUGAAGUGCAUUGGGGCGGUGAAGUAGUAGACUCUCACAGUUUUGGUAGACACACGAAGACCCAAAUGGGCUCCGGUCGAUUCCCUUUCGAAGGUUUCGGAAAAGCUAGCUAUUUCCGGAAUCUGGAGAUUGUGGAUAGUAACAAUUUCCAGCCGAUCCAAAGAUUAAAGACAAAUGCAGAAAAAGAAUAUUAUGAUAUCAAGAAUUUGGAUAUAGAUGAAGAAUGGGGGACCCAUUUUUUCUAUGGAGGACCAGGUUUCAGUACUCAUACACAUUCUGGAGUCGUACCUCUAACAGUAAGGUUGAUUUUUAUUUGUUUUAGUUUGAAUUUCUUUAUUAUUAUUUAGUUUAUUUUAAAAUUGUAGAUUCGUCUUGUAAUAAUUUAAAAUUUUAAUUGAAUAAGUCAUUGUAAAAAACAGUACUAUUUAUCAUUUCUCUUUUAAUAUUUUUAUUUCUUCAGUAAAUUUGUUUAAAACUUUGUUCGGUUUAGUUGUGAAAACUCUGUCAAUAAAGUUAAGUUUCCCCCUAAAUAAUGGGCUUAUGAUUCUGUGAUCGAGUAGCAGUUUGGCCACUGAUAGCAAAAUAACCAUUUCCAAUUUCUCUGUUAAAUGCAUUUGGGAAUCUUGUGAGUUAUGAGAAUCUGUAGGUAUGUGUUCUUACAGAAACAAUUUUUUUACUAUUAACUUUUCCUUUAGACCGAACCAGCCUGGAUAACAACUCAAAACAAAGAGAAGGGAAAAACUUGUUGAGAAAAAGACUAGAAUAGCACUAAACCAAAUUUUUGUUCCCAAAGUAGCACUCAAGGCUCAAAGUCACAAAAAUAGGUUUCAUUAAAGAGGUAAAUAUACACUUAUACCCCUUGGGUUAAUUAAUCCAAACCUUAGGGUUUAGAGUUAAGGGGUGGGG